CGCCGUGAGACGGCGGAGUUCCGGCGGUGCUGUAGCCGCUUCCGACAGAGCCUAGGUGUGGUCCACAUCUGACGCAGUUUUGCCGUUGAAGGCAAGCGCGCUCCGGCGGUGUCCGGGGAGUUCCAGUGUUUGCUGCGGUAAACUCAUCAGCCCAGCAAGAUGGCGAUGCAAGCGGCCAAGAGGGCGAACAUUCGACUUCCUCCUGAAGUUAAUCGAAUUUUAUAUAUAAGAAACUUGCCAUACAAAAUCACAGCUGAAGAAAUGUAUGAUAUAUUUGGGAAGUAUGGACCUAUUCGUCAGAUCAGAGUGGGGAACACACCUGAAACUAGAGGAACAGCCUAUGUGGUCUAUGAAGACAUCUUUGAUGCCAAGAACGCGUGUGACCACCUGUCAGGAUUCAACGUCUGCAACAGAUAUCUUGUGGUUUUGUACUAUAAUGCCAACAGGGCAUUUCAGAAGAUGGACACCAAGAAGAAGGAGGAACAGUUGAAACUUCUCAAGGAGAAGUACGGCAUCAACACGGAUCCACCAAAAUAAGUGCCGCAUUUUCAUUUUGGACUAAAGCACCCCUAUGACCACUGUCACUUUUUUCCCUAAAAUUUUUAAUCAAUACUGAAUAUCCUGAUUUCUAGAGGUUCAAAAGAAACUUCAAUGCAUAUUAGAGUAUAUUAUGUUAAUAAACUUUUACCUUUUUGUAAAACA